UCUCUCGGCUAUAACGCUGCAGCCAUCUUGCACAGCGGAUCGAGCGUGAAUAAACUCUAAAAUUCGGCGUGUUCGCUUGUCGCAAACCACGAUAUCGUUCCACCAAAAGUCACAAAGUUGGACCGCGAAACGGAAUCUGUAUCGUGCGAGCGUGAGGACGCCGGCAGAGAAGUAGAAUUUGAUGAGAACAUUCGGUCUCCCGGACAGUGUUGUUCCGUCUAGUGCAUCCCGGGGAAUGACAGCUGAAGCCAUUGGUACCGCCUUUUAGGAUGCCGAUCAGCCAAUCACAGCGCGCAGAAGCCCGGGCUCGCGGACGUUAGGCCGCUGUGCGCAUGCGCACGUCAGUCGGUAAGUACAGAACUCCUCAGAAGCUCGCAGGAGUGUGAAGAUGGCGGUUGUCUCCGGUCCGCUGGAAGAGCGCUUUUCACACACAAGGCUGAAUAAAGCGGUAGAUUGUCAUCCUGCACGGUCUGUAGAGUCACAACUGUCGCUCUUGUGUCACAACAACCACUGGGGUAGGCGCCAGGCAGCCGGUAAUUACAUGCUUAUAGUUCCGGGACAAGGGGGUAGCUCGAGCUAAUGUCCAGCUGGGACUUGGUCAAGGCGAUUGCUAAAGCAGGUACGCUGUAACUACUAAUGUUGUUUUCCUCUUUGUCUCUCCGAGUUUACACGAAAAGCAGGCGUCGGAGGUGACAGAGAAAGGCAGUAGAGGUGCCACAGUGUUGCCCCCUUCACAUUCAGGAUUGUUUGUGCUCCUUGUUAAACAAGUUGAAGUGCAGGGGGUCUCUCCAUAACGAGCUCCCUAUGGUUCGGCUAUGGACGCACCGACAGCCAGCACGGACUCCGCCGCGGGACACGACCCUGGCAAAACACUUGUUGUUAGCGGCGGUGUAACUUUUCUCCCCAACCACCAAGGGAAAGUAGGUUCACACUCAGCGCAGGCUUUCAAUGGGAGCCAAACUAUGAACUCUCAGAGUUCAGGAAGCGCUGCCCCUCACGGGGGGACGGCGGUGACGAGCGGGGCUGCUAACAGCGGCAGCCCGGCUGUCAGCAGCGGAGCGGGGCUGUCUAAAGGGACGAGCCCCUCGAACACUGUCAUCCACACCAGUGUGGUGGCUUCGACUCAGCCUGCGAACCAAGCAACGGGACCCACGGUGACACUCGUCAGGCCGCCUAUGCAAACUGCGGGGUCUCUUGCAACUUUGAAUGGGAACAAUGCUGCGAGCCCCGCGGUGGCCGGCACCCAGGCAGGUGUCGGGGUGAACAACGGCCAGUCGUCCGGCUCCACGGCUGUCAGCGCGGGCUCGCACAUCAUCAAGGCAGAGCCGCCACCAACAGCAACAACAAUAAUACAGUCGACACCGCAGCCUGUUGGCAACCCCGCAGCCGUGAGCUCUCCCCGGCCUCCUGCGGCGAUCGCUGUCGGUGCCGGUGCCGGUGCGGUCCGAUCCCUCACGCCCCAGAUGCUCGCUCCGAGGCUCCCGCAGACCGCUCCGGGACAGCCCGGGGUGCAUAACAUCCAGCUACCGCCGGGAAUGGUGCUGGUGCGCAGUGAGAGCGGACAGCUCCUGAUGAUUCCUCAGCAGGCUCUGGUCCAGAUGCAGGCACAGGCGCAGGCACAGGCACAGGGGAACCUCACACCUCGGACCCCUGCGCCAACUACUGUACCUCCAGGGCAGGCUUCUGGAAAUGCCAUAAUCAGCAGACAAGUGGCUCCCAGCACCAUCAUCAGACAGGGCUGUCCAACGCCGACAACCCUCACUGCAACCACCACUCUCCACAGACCUCCCAUUCUUCAGAGCUCAGUCGGGGCCACAGUACCAGGAAUGACCUCUUGGCCAGUCAGCCAAACAGCUGGGAACACCGUUGCCUCAGUAACAGUGAGCAAAGAAACGAUGGAGAAUGUGAAGAAAUGUAAGAACUUCCUGUCUACACUGAUUAAGCUGGCAUCCAGUGAGAAGCAGUCCUCUGAGACUGCAGCCAGUGUGAGAGAGCUGAUCAAGGACCUGCUGGAGGGCAAACUGGAAGCUGAAGAAUUCACCAGCAGAUUGUACAAAGAACUGAACUCCUCACCCCAACCAUAUCUCGUGCCUUUCCUCAAGAGAAGCCUCCCAGCUUUAAGGCAGCAAACCCCAGAUUCAGCAGCUUUCAUCCAGCAGAGCCAGCUCCCGCAGCCCGCCUCAGGUCCAGCCUCUUCCAGCUCGCCCGCCUCCACCACUGUGGUCCUCGACGGCACUCGCCUCGCUGCCCCCGUCACCAGACCCCAGCUCCAGCCAGGCGUCAGCAGACCGGGACAGACGCCCUCGCUGGUUUUCCAGACUCCGACACAAAGAGCAAUCUUGAGACCUCAGGUAACGCUGCCGACGACCCCCAUGGUGACGCUCAGGAAUCAGGCCCCGGGUCGCAUCAUGCUGGGACAGCAGCAGGUCCAGCUGAAGGAGCUGCAGCCAGUCCCGCUGAGGCCGGAGGUGGGUUCAGUUUCUAAACAAGUGUCUGCCGCAGGCCUGACCCCAGCUCAGAGGAACAAGCUGAAGGAAGCAGGCGGCACUUUCAGAGACGACGAGGACAUCAACGACGUGGCGUCCAUGGCAGGUGUGAACCUGUCUGAGGAGAGCGCCAACAUCCUGGCCACCAACUCGGGGCUGGUGGGAGCAGUGACACAUUCCUGUAAAGACGAGGUCUUCCUCUCCUGCGCCGUGCUGCAGAGGAGAAUGCUGGAGAUUGGUAGGAAGUACGGCGUAACAGACCUGGGUGCCGAAGUGGUGAACUAUGUCUCCCACGCCACCCAGCAGCGACUGCAGCACCUCCUUGAAAAAGUCUCCCAAGUAGCACAGCAGAAAAACAUCAAUUUCAAGGAGGACGACAACUACGAGCACAGCGGCGACGUUCGCACUCAGCUGAAGUUCUUUGAGCAACUGGACCAGUUAGAGAAGCAGCGGAAGGAAGAGCAGGAGCGAGAAAUCCUUCUGAAGGCAGCUAAGUCUCGAGCUCGGCAAGAGGACCCAGAGCAGCUGCGUCUGAAGCAGAAGGCAAAAGAGAUGCAACAGCAGGAGCUGGCUCAGAUGAGACAGAGGGAGGCCAACCUGACGGCUCUGGCGGCCAUCGGUCCCAGGAAGAAGAGGAAGAAUCUGGACUCUCCGUCUUCCUCCGCUUCAGCCGAGUCUCGUCGGGUCUACGCCGUUUCCUCUCUGAAAUACCGUCUGAAGCCUGAGCUUAUGAAGGGAUCGGGAUCAGGCUCGUCUCUGUCCGGCGGGCCUGGCUCGGCGGGAUCCAGACCCACACGGCAGCGGAUCACGCGCGUCAAUCUCAGGGACCUGCUCUUCUGUCUGGAAAACGAGAGGUCGACCAGUCGCUCCCAUUUCCUCUACAAGGGCUUUCUCAAAUAGGCGUGAUGGCCGAGGAGGAGGAGGAGGAGGAGGAGACGGAGGUGUGUGGAGAGACUGCUGCUCCCACCACAGAGGGAGCAGAAGAGACUCCUGUAGAGGAAGAGGAGGAGGAAGAGGACGGCGACUUGGCACAUCCGACGGUUCAUCAGACGUCCCUGAUGAUCUGGAAUCCACUAGUGGCCAUUCAAGAUGGUCUCUCUACCUCCUUCCUCAAAUAGCGCCUGAAAUCUUUUAGAGCAGUUGUUAACAGACAUUGGUUCAGUUCCCCUUGUUUGUUUUGUUUUGUUUUUUUCCAAGAUGGUGCAAAAGUGGAGCGUGUGUCUUGUGAGGAAGAUUUUUCUUUUCUUUUCUUUGAAUGAACAAACAUGUAAAAGAUAUGCACUGUAACAUAGUACAGUUUAUUUUAUAAAUAUUUGUGUGCACAUUAGGCUUCAGAGCAAUGCAAAUCAUUUGUUUUACUAGACCCCCAGUUAAUUUUUCUCAGUUUUAAUUUGUCGUCAGCAGAAUUAGUUCAAACUUCAAACUGCGUAACCUACUGAGUUGCCUUGGUAAAUAAGCCAUAAAGUCAUCAGUAAGCAAUUAAUACUUCCAUAGCUAACCAAGGUGUAGGUCACCUUCUAUUCAUCAACAUUUUACUUGAUUUUUUUUUCUCUUUACCAUAUUUAUUCACUAAACUGAAUCAGUGUGUAGUUAUUUAUUGAAUUCCAUGUGACACCUCAACUGUUUCAUGUAGCUUCAAUUCAAAACAACAUCAUGCAUCAACGUGCAUAGGACAUGUUUGAGAUUAGUGUGUAGAUUUCAGUGUGUGAAGACAGGCGUGUCUGUUUUUUUAAAAAUUUUUUUUGUUUUUCAAUUUGUUGGGUUGCAACUUUUAAAACAUAUUUUGAUUUAUUUUUGAAGUUUUAACAAGUUUCAGACUGAUCAUAGCCUGAAUUGCUACACCAAACUUGCAUCUACCUGAGACUGUAUUUUUGUAGUUGACUGCUAACCCACAUUUUUACUCUUCUAAUGACGAACUGACUCUGUCCUCCAGUCAUUUCUGUACCUGCUUCUGUACUAGUGUGCUACUGGUCAGCCCUCGGUUUUGUAGUGUCCGACGUGAGAAACUGGAGUUUCUUCCUGUACAUUUGUAAAUGUUACACUUAAAAUUUUACACGCUGUUUUGUAUAGAAUUAAGAAUUUACGCAUACAGAAAAGAAAAAUCACAUUUUCUCUAUAAAAACUUUGAAUAAAUAUUGAUUUUGCAGU